UGGGGUGAUGGAGUCACCGCCUUCCUUUUCAACACAUUCUGAGGCGCCUCCGUUAAGUGAAGAUAGUGGAUUACUGAUUACAAGUGGUUCUUUUUCUAGUGAUUCUGCAAGUGGAUGGCAUCACGUCACAUCUGAAUUGCAGGAAAGUGAUUUUGAUGAGAGGUCUCUGUCACUUUGUGAAUCCACUGAAGCUUCUGAGCGUAUGUGUGGUGACAUUUUUUUUAAUACUGUAAAGAAAGGCCCUGGAAAAGUUAUACUCACUACUAUUGAACCACCACCAGAGUUCCAAGAUAACCUUGUUAAUGUAGACAAAUUGACGGCUGUGUAUGUGCCUCCAUCUAUUGUUUAUACCAAUGAAUCCUCCGAAAAAUCAAAGUCGUCUGGCUUAGAUAUAUCAAUGACAGCAAGACAUGCUUCGCCUUUGUAUCCCAGGAAGCUAAAACCGGAAUCCUUAUAUUAUGAGCGACGGCAGUGCUUGAACCACAGAUUUACGAGUCCGAGACUUUUACAUUUGAGUCCUUGCCGAGCCAACAGACCCUCUUCGAGAAGUUCGCUGUCGUCUCGUUUGUCCAGUAGCCAUAAUUCUCUGGUCACUCAGUUCCAAACUGAUGACUCUAGUUUUAUUACUCAAGCUAUAUCACAUGAUACUUUAUCAGCGAAGACGUCCGAUAUUACCGAUAUGUAUAAUGUUCCAUUUGACAGCGAUAUUUACGCAGUCCCCAUUGAUAUGAUCCGACCUAAUCAUAGCAAUGUCAGGAAUAAAGGGAAAAGGCCGCCCAGAAGUAACAAAAAGCGGGGAAAGAGCACCCCACAGAAUAUUGGUAUGAACCACACAGCGGUCGACAGAAAUCAUAAGCCAAAAGACAUAGUGCGAUAUAAAGACGUCAAGACCAAGAGGCACAGUUUGCCAAGCUCUUCUUGUAAAAAAAAUGCCACUGAUUCAGAUACUGACUCGUUGCAUUUGACAUUGCGAGAAAUGAGAAAAUAUUUGCACACUCUUUAUUCUAGUUCAAGUGAUUCCGAAUGUAGGAAUACAAUGAAUAAAAAGAGUAAUCCUAUCAAUGUUGGUAUGCAUAAUAAACAAAGUAAAGACACGGCCACAGCGGUAUUCUUAAAAGAAAGCAAUGAUGUAUUCAAACCCGUCGAGACAAAUAACAAUCACAAGAAAUCGAAUAGGAAUACAUUUGGAAUGAAUGCUAAGAAUAAGAAGCACAAAGAAUCAUCAAAGGAUAUUACAGAAGUAGAGAAAAAUGACAAGCCCGUGAAGAAAAUGUCAUCAAAUCAGAAACCUAAAAUGUCGCCGGUGAGGAUUCUAUCGUUAAAUUUACGACAGAGUUUUUGCAAUUUGUUUCGUUGGCACAAUGUAUUUCGCCGGACUCAGAGCGAGAGCGCCGCUGAGGUGGAGAGAGUGGCCGGCAGCAAGGAGAGCCCUCCCCCCGCCGCGGUGAGACGCGCGUUGCCCCCGCUGCCGCCCGCCGCGAAGUCUCCGCACACCUCGCGGCGUCAUGCCUCCGGUUCAGCCGAAGAGGAAACUGUUAUGGAUUUUGCAAAAUCCAUCCAAAGAGUCAAAGAUUAUGGAUGGUAUUGGGGCCCUAUUUCGGUGGAAGCUGCUGAAAAAAUACUUUCGAAUGAGCCCGACGGAUCAUUUAUAGUGCGGGAUAGCAACGAUGACCAUUAUAUUUUCACACUGACGUUCAAACUAAAUGGACUGAGGCAUGUUAGGAUAGAACAUGAUCAGGGUAACUUUUGCUUUGGCGGGUGUACGAUGUUCAAAGCUCAAACAAUAGUCGAGUUCAUUGAGAAUGCUGUAGAGACAUCCCGUAGCGGUCGAUACCUAUUUUUCCUUAAUUUGCGACCUGUAUUGGGGCCAGUGCGGGUGCAACUACUGUAUCCUGUCUCAAGAUUUAAAAGGGUUCAGAGCUUACAGCAUAUGUGCAGAUUUGUGAUAUUAAAAUAUGUUCGGCGAGAUCUGAUCAGCAGCCUACCUUUGCCGCGUCGCCUGGUCGACUAUUUGAGCGCCACACAUUACUAUUCGGAGCUCCUUGCCGAUAUUUAGACUGGUAUCGCUAACAGCGCUUAUUUUUAUACUUCUAAUGGUGUAUACAUAUUUUAGGAAGAUUCGGUACGUAUAUUCAAUUUUGAACGUUAUAAACAUAUAAUGCCAAUCAUUACCACAAUUUUUAACACGAAUAAACAAGACAAACUAAACGUCACAAAGUGAGCCAUCGUUGGUUUGCUGGACGCUGGUCAUGGUGCCUAAAUAAUCGGAUAGUUUGUGACGAAAACACUGACGUGACCCGACUGAAUCGACUUAGUCACAACUGUCCGGUGAUUGGUCGUACCCUCAUUUAAUAUCUGGUAAUGCUUUAUAAAAAUAGUGUGAUAUAACGAGUGAUUAUUACAAUUUUUUCCGCGGCUACUUAGACUAAGUGCAACCUAAGCAAUCAUAGGAAGUACAACAUAUUUAACCUUAAGUAUUAGGGGCCAUAAAUAAGACAAAUCGCCGUUUCGACACAUUGUUUUUUGGUCACAUAGAUUAUUAAUGUAUUUACAUUAUUUAUUUUGCGGUUGUGUGGUUAGUGUUUAAAUUUAGAUUUUAUACUUCUUUAAAUUGCAAUGUAAAAUAUAUUAAUGCGUAUGUGAUCGUUAUAAAACAUAGAUUUAUAAAUGGAAUGGCAAGAAAUACUUAUUCUAUAGUUGAUGAGACAUGGUAGACAUGGAUUCUCAUGGAGUCGACCAUACGUACUUGUGACGAACUUUUGAGUGUAUCUUAGGAAUUUAAUAUAAAACUCAAUGGCGUAUUAAUAAUACGUUUAUUUGUUCUUAUUCCGCCCUGUGGCACAUGUAAGUAAAAAUAGGAUCGCGGGGUUCGCUCUGCAAUGUCUUAAUUUGAAUUAUAUUUGGCAAAUACAAACUAUUUCACCACAUCGUCUAUCAACGAAACAGUUUUUAAAACACAAGUCUGUUUGAUUUUUAAUCCCGUUUUAAUCAACAAAUGUAUAUUUUUACCAAAGAUAUUAAUUUAUGUCAUUUCGGAUAAUUGUUUAAAACUUAAUUAUAUUGUAUUAGUUAAUGUAUAAGUAAUGUGCUAUCCUCAUGUAUAUUUUGGUCUUAUGGUAAUGAGUAAUAGAUGUUAACAAUAAUUUUACUGUUUAUCUGCAAUUAAAGUUGGUGAUUAUUAAAUUAUAAAUAAAUUGCUCUACAUAUCACCGAUUUUAUCCAGAUAUCAUUAAUUUAAUAAUUUCGUAAUGUAUGAUAUUUAAAUGAUUUAAUUAUUAGACUAAUAAUGAUUUCAUAUGUGUAUGCUAUAUGAAUCAUUAUCAGAAUAAUGAUUCAUAUAGCAUAAUUUAUAUGCAUAUAAAAUAGCCUUAUAUAAUAAUAAUUAUUAAUAUAGCCAAUAUUUUCGAAAACCUACUAUAUCAGUAGAAAUAUCUCGAUAUAAUUCCGAAAACUAUCAUACAUACAUGCAACCUUACAUUCAUGCAAAUGCCUAUUAAUUUAUAUUUACAAACAUUAAACAUUUUACAGCUGCAUUUACAUUGGCUGAUUUCAUAUAAACUAAAAGCGAAUUAUUCUUCAUUAUAACGUAAGAAGGUCGUCAGUUCUGUAAAAUAAGUGCUUGUACGAAGCAGUACGUCAAAAUGACUAUACAUUUUUAAUGAGACCAAUGAUAGGACAUGUCUUGAGGCCACUUAUCGCUCAAAAACCAUAUGAGAUGUCUGCCAUUUCGACUUGAAAAGAAAAAUUUUACCUUUAUGGUAUGGAUAUUAAUUUAAUAGAAAAGGUUUACUUGAACACCAAUUUAACAUUAGUAAGUAGUAAUGUUCGUCGCUAUUAAUUAUAAGAAAAUGAUACGAAAUAGACCAAUAGAGACUUAAUUCAUUUAAAAGUUCAAAUAUCGAAUUUAAGUACGGUCGUGUUUCACAUCACUCCGUUGGUUGCGGGAUAUAGAAUGAAGCAUUAUGGUCGUGCCGGCGUAUUGGCCCAAUGGAUUAACUCGCUGUUGACCUAGGUUAUUAUUUAUAUCGCGAUUAUAUUUCAGAUAGGCAACAAAAUAAAUUUAAUUAGCAAUACACUUGUUACUAAUAGAGAAACAAAAAUUCAUAUGAAAUUGAUUUGGUUUGCUAUUUAUAUAAGAAAGUUACAUCUCGCCUUUGGUGAGUGCCAACUGUCGCAAAUCAAUCAUAUGAUCACGUUAUUUACAUAAAUGUUUGAAGUUUGUACAGUAAAGCAAUUAGUAUUUUUUUACUGUUAAUCUUAAAGUCGAUAUACGACUAUAAGACGCUAUGAAUACAUUUCUGCUGACGCUGUGAUAUGCAAACAUUAAUAUUAAAAUAUGUCCCUGAUACUUUUUUUUGUCGAUUUUACUUGUAAUCCGAUUUUUGUAGCUUUAUUAAUGCAAAAUGUAAAGUGAAUUUGGUCAUAAUAAUCGUGUGUACUAGUGAUAUAUAAACAAUAAUAUAGAUAAUAUCAGUAUGUAUGUUAGUACUAUAUUACACACAUAUCAAAAUUUCGGUUCAAAUACAAUACAGAAGUUUUAAUCCUAAUUUUCAGGAAUUGAUUUCGUUAUAUUUGUUAAAAGGCAUUGCUUUGUAUCAUUUUCAAUGUUAUCGACACACUAUAUAAGCACAUGAGUACAAAUAGAAUUCUUGCCAAUAUAGCAUAUUUAAUUAUAACAUAAAAGCUAGAAUCGUGUAUUAAACAGGCUUUUAUACAUCUUCAAUAAUGAAAUGUUUACUAUAUUGUUGUCUAGCUGUAUAACGUUAAUGAUAGCUUUGUCGUAGCAUAAUGUUCGUCAUUCAACUCCAUUGUUGGUCAUCCAACAAGUGGAUCAAAACUAAGGCUCGCUGUGACUAGUUAUUCUCGCAGCCCAGGGUAAAAUACCAUUAACACGAGGAACUGUACAAAUUUGACUAUAAGGUAUCUUAGAAUUUUCACUUUUUAACAAGUGAAUUAAGCGUUGUUGUCUAAGUCGGCUUAGUAGCAGCCUGUACUCUAUGUUAUUAUAUUGUCUUUGAACGGUAACAAUAUUUGGGCCCAGCAUAUGAUGGCCGUAUCCUGGGAUAAUGACGAAAGAAAACUAUAUAUUGAGGCCACGAGUUCUUUAAACGUAGAUUUUAGAAUGAUUUGGUCCACCGUGUGGCUGGAAUUAUUCAUGUCUAUACCAAUAAGGCUGAAGAAAUUGAUGGUUAAGAAAGAGAUUUAUUGUUUGCGAGAGUAAUCAAUAUUUGGAUACUGAAUGAAUUAAUUUUUUUCUUGUUUAUUUUUUGGUUAACAUAGGUCUAUCUAUUGUAUACUGAGAGUACGGAUAUUAAAUUAACGAACUUUAGCUAUUUCUAUUGCAAGCAUUUUUCUAUUGUGCCUGUUGCUGUUUCAUAAUUAUUACAUUAAAACUGUUUAUCACAAGGUCUUUUUAAAAUUAUAUUUUAUUUCGCUUGUCAAUAAUUAAUCAUAUGUACAUGUUAUGGGCUAUCAAUAAGUUUGUUAAACCGCAGACUACUGUCAUAUACUAGGUUCCAAUCUAAACGAUUUCUUUUAUUUAACCAAUCCUAGUGUUAUAUACAUUUUAUUUUAUUAAUUAUCGCAGGACGAAAUUAUAUAAUUAUAUUGAUUUAUAAAAAAAAUAUAUAUAUUCAUAAUUUGUUGUGAGUUACGGUAGUCUUUCCCAUGAAGUUGGCGCAUCAAAUGGAGAAUACAAAAAAUUACCUAUGGAUGAACAUCGCGGUUUGUAGCUUUGAUAUUAUUUUUUUUUGUGGCAAUAAAAAACAUCUACAUAAAUUAUUGUAUUCUUUUGAAUAUAGUCAUUCUCUAUUAUUUCUCAUGCUGAAUAAAAAUCUAUUAUGUAGUCUUCAUAUACUGCGGUUAGCGUGCAGGAUUGUUAUGCAUUUUCAUGGUAUGUAAGUUUAAAAAUCUUUUUCCGACUUUGAUUAAAUCCACUAAUAUUAUAAUGAAUGUAAAUAAAAGUUAUUGGGCCUGUUAGUGAUACACCACUUACUGAUAAAUUUGAACGAUGUCCGUUGUAGCUGCUAGGUGAAGAAUGGGAUUUUGAAUUAAUCGGCCAGAUUAGUUAAAAAUAAUAGGUUUAUUGACAACUGGAAAACAGGCCCUUAGGUUAAAUAAGUUAAGUGCGCAAUGUUUAUUCUAAAAUUUGGAGUUAACUCCACUUGACUGAAAUUAACGUUAUCGAUAUAUCAUACUAUAUGUAAUAUACAUAGAACUAUGCCGUUUGUUUACAAUACCUUAUUUGGGGUAAAUUGGUUAUUACCAUUUCUUAAACACGAUGUAUAUUACAUUUAGUUCUACACAUGCCUAGAUUUACAGAAACAUAUUGUCAGAACUAAUACGCUUUAUAUAUUAUACAAGCAAUGUAUAUUUACACAACAUUUUAAACAUGAGAUAUCAGAUUAUUACAAUACAAUGUAGUCCAUUGUGUAUUUAGUUAUGUUUAAAGACACUUAAUGAAUUAAUUAUAAUUUUUUGUUGUUAGUAAUAAUUAUGAUUCUUGAAAACCAUCGAAAUACUUUAAUUAUUUAGAGAUGGGCGACUGUCGAUUACCUGUAAACAAAUAAAUGAUGCAUGCGCGCAAUUAACGCCAGUAUGUGGUUAUAUGUCAAUUUACUUCAGCAUUAGUAUUAGAAAUUGCGCGCUGGCAACAUUGCGAGACUAGCACCUUCCUGGCGGCUGCCUGAGUCAGCAUAGCCUUCUCUAAAAAGGUUUUCUUAUUGCUGAAAAGGCGGCCUCCAAGUUUAUUUUAUGUUUUGUCAUAUGAAAAAGUGCAAAGAAUGCGCAUGAAAUACAUGCGCAUUAUAUAUAUAAUAUUGAUUGCAACUGACAAACAUUCUCCCAUCUCUAAUACACUUAACAAAUUUAUUUUCGACACUUAUUUGUAUACCACCUACACUAGUUCCAACUUGUUGAUUCAAAUAUUUUUUGCGUUCCUUUGACGAUUCAUUGAAAUAUUCUAGAGACGUUAAAACUCAAUUAAAACAUUAAGAAGAACCCUUCUGAUGCUGCUGGCAUCAUCUCAUCUGUUAGAAAAGAACGGCUGAACGCACAUAUCUAACUAUGGAAGAAAAAUUCAAAUAAAAAAUUCGAUCAAAAUCGAUUUAGUUGAUUGGCUGACAAACAUACAUAUACACGGACACAUAAACUCCUCUCCUGUCGUCGGGGUUUAAAAACCCAAGUCACUAUUUUUUGUAAAGUGACAAACCUUUACAAAAAAUAGUGUAGGUCUUUCGCAUCAGAAAUACUUAUUCACCAAUAUUUCCGGUCUACUGGGGCGUCCAGCUUAUAUUUUGAAGCUGAGUUUUUGGCCACAAAUUCGUCAAUGCACAAAAUAUUUGACACAACCACCACGUAUUCUUGAACCUUGCCCCACCUAUAUCUCCUACUAUGGUGUGGAAUUUCUUUCAAGUGCGUACUCUUUUACUCUAAUAGCGCAGAGUUUCAGGGAAGCUCAAGGCGACCAGGGAAAGCCAGUAAAAUCGCGAUUCUCACACAAAACCAACCCAUACAUCUCUUUUCGGCGUCCAUCUUUCCCUACAACCAUCAUACUUGCUGAAACUUUGGAAGGGAUUUUUUUGAACAUUAGUUAUGGAAAAAUUGUAUUAUUGUGUAUGCUCCUCCGGCUCUAAGCUCAAGAAGGCUUUAGGCCGCGCCCUCUUUUUAUGAUCUGGCGAGCAACAAAGCAAAUACAUAGUUAUCCAUGUUCAGAAUUUGUGUGGGUUUAUAUCAUCGUGCCAUUACACUAUACAUUUUCUAUAGAGGAACAACAAAAAUUGUAACGGGAUAACCACAUCCGUAGUAACUGGUGUAGUGUAGCUACGAUAUUUCUGAAAAAAAAAAAACAAAAAUUAUGGCGUUCGGAAUAACUUACGUCCGCUCGCGUUUUUGUACGGCUUGAAUUACGUACUCUCAGCUACGUUUAAACAUACAAUAUUAUGGUACUUUCCAAGCACUUGUCAUAAAUACUACAAUUUGUAUGAUAUAAGAGGAACGUCUACACGUCGAACCAGCAACACAUUAUUUGAUCACAUAUUUUCCGAUCUUAAUGAUUUUUAGUAUGAUACUGACAUCAUAAAAUAUUAGUUAAUUCCUUUUUUCGAAAUUCCCAACAGAUUUAAAUUUCAUGACACCUGAAAGUCGUUUAUGUGAUUAAAACUUCGUCGAAGUCAACCGUUUGUAUAAUAUAAACAAAGUGUUAUUUCAAAAAAGGAUAACCUAUUAUCAUAGUAUGUUAAAACGAUUGGCACCAAAUUCAUAGAAAUUUACCAUGAUUUAAUUAGUGAAAAACGUUUUCUCCCUAAUAACUAAUUUGAUAAAAAAAUACCUAACAAUCAAGCUCGAACUCUGGUGCUCUCUGUCGUUAACAUAGACGAUAGCGUGUGUUUUCCUAAAUAUUUUGCAAAAGUCGGAUCGCUAUAGUUACAAAAAAUGCAAUCAUUUCGGAUGAAUUUAAUCGAAUAACAAUUAUAUAUAAAAUAAAUAUGUAUAAAUUGCAUACCACAAUACAACUAUCCCUAACCUAUUCAUACCUGCUUAAGGAGUCAUGCUCGAAAGGCAGGAGACGAAUCUCAUAACAUUUUAUGACUUUCAGAUUAAAUUUUUUUCAGAUCUGCAAGGAAGGAUUCUUCCUUGCCAGAUGAAAAAAUUUGCUUAGGAAACCCGACGACAUCAAAAAAUGGUUUCUCUAAUUUCUGAGCGAUUGUAUUAUAAACAUAGUGACAAAUGGAGUCCUGAAUACAGAUUCUGCUACAGAGCAGGAGGGCACAUACGUAAGGAAGAAAGAUGUUUACGUAUCCUGACCACAUUAAUUUUUUCUGUUUUUAAGUGACGUAAGAAUAUUAAAAAAAACCCUCUCUGAAGUUUGGCCAUCUGUAAUCUUAUGUAUCAAUAAUUUUAAGUGUAAAUUAAUUAAUUAGCAAUAUUACAUUACAUGAUAUAAUGUACUUGUAUUUGUUUAUGUCGUACUCUUUAUGGGAAUAAAUUUUUACUGCAUCGUUUGUUUGCGAUCCUUGGUAGGUGAUAAGUAUAUCAAGAAGAAUUAUUGUUAUUUUUAAUGUAUAGAGUUUUUUCCAAAGCACAUGUUAGUUUUGAUUAAAUGUUAAGCUUUGUAGAUUUAACGUCUUAAGUAUCAGUUUACUAACGUUGAGCAACUAUUUGUUUAUAAGAUUGAUAUAUUAUGGUUAACAUCUAAUAAGGCAUGUAAUGCACUUUUGUGUAACAUUAAAACUAUCCGUUAGUUCAUUUUGUUUAUAAAAAUGAGACUUUGGAAUAAAUAGAUUCCUAUCAAUA